GGAAUAUGGCAUGAUUUGCCUAUAAAAUGUGUAUCAUGUUUGAACAAUAAGACCAUCAUCUUCUAUUUCUUUUUAUCAAAGAUGAAUUAUAACUUUGGUAGCUCAUCUCAUGUAUCAUCUUCUUCUUCUUCUUCUUCAGAUAAUGAGUAUUAUGAUGAUAUUGAAAAGCAAGUAGCAUGCCAAAUUACUGCAAACAAUAAUUUUUUCAUCACUCAACACCUACUUAACGAGAGACACCAUGGUGGAUCGAUUCAUGGUCAUAGAGUUAUUGAUCGUGAUCGGGAGAAUGCUUCUCGCAAUCUUUUCAACGACUAUUUUGCAGAGAAUCCUUUAUUCUCUGAGGCGAUGUUCCGGCGGCGAUUUCGGAUGGGGCGUCCUUUGUUUCUUCGUAUUUAUGAUGCGAUACAAAGACAUGACAAAUAUUUUGUCCAAAGGAGAGAUGGUGCCGGGAAACUUGGGUUGUCUGGUUUGCAAAAGAUGACUGCUGCAUUUCGGAUGUUGGCGUAUGGUCUACCAGCGGAUUCAACUGAUGAGUACAUCAAAAUCGGAGAGUCAACUGCCCUAGAAAGUUUGAAGCGCUUUUGUCGUGCUGUUGUCGAGGUUUUUGGAAGCCGCUAUCUCCGAUCACCUGACGCUAAUGAUGUUGCACGACUACUCCAUAUCGGUGAACACCGAGGAUUUCCAGGUAUGUUGGGUAGUUUAGAUUGUAUGCAUUGGAAAUGGAAAAACUGCCCAACAGCUUGGGGAGGACAAUAUGCCGGUCGUAGUGGUUCUCCCACCAUCAUUUUAGAGGCUGUAGCUGAUUAUGAUCUUUGGAUUUGGCAUGCAUAUUUUGGUCUGCCGGGAUCUAAUAACGAUAUCAAUGUUUUAGAGGCAUCUCAUCUUUUUGCUAAUUUAGCAGAAGGAACUGCUCCACCGGCUAAUUAUGUUAUUAAUGGAAAACAUUAUAACAUGGGUUAUUAUCUAGCUGAUGGUAUAUAUCCAAAAUGGUCCACUCUUGUCCAAACAAUUCACGAUCCCCGUGGUCCUAAAAAAAAAUUAUUCGCAAUGAAACAAGAAUCGUGUAGGAAAGACGUUGAACGUGCAUUUGGAGUAUUGCAGUCAAGAUUUGCAAUCGUGGCAGGACCAUCACGAAUGUGGAAUAAAAAGGUAUUACAUGAUAUAAUGACAACUUGUAUCAUAAUGCAUAAUAUGAUCAUAGAGGAUGAACGUGAUAUCAAUGCAACAAUUGAAGAACAAGGUGAAGUUCCAAAUGCAGAAGUUGAGAUGACAAGUGGUGAUGAUGCUCAAUUUCAAGAAUUCUUAUCUCGGCACUAUAGAAUCAAAGACCGAGAUGCUCAUUUUGAACUUCGAGAUGCACUAAUCGAACAUUUGUGGGGUGAAUAUGGCAAUUCUAAUAAUUAGUAAGAUGUAUCAUAUUUUUUUUAUGCAAUGUAAUUUCGUUUGUAUGUUUUAGUUGUUUUAAUUUCAUAUGUAUUCUCAUUUGUAUGUUUUUAGUUAUUUUAAUUUCGCUUGUAUGUUUUUUUUUAUUUUAAUUUCAUAUGUAUUUCUAAAGUAUUAUUCUAUAAUUAUAAUUAUUGUUUUAAAUUUGUUAAUCUUGUUCUUAUUAAAAAUAGUUACUUGUAUAUGUUAUAAGAAUAAUGAGUAUUAAAAUAUUAAAUAGUUAAGAGAAUCUUUUUUUAAUAAUAUAAUAAUAGAGAAUAUUCUUUUUAGUGUGAUAUUUG